ACAGCCAGCCCAGUCAGCAGUGUGUGUGUCAGUGUGUGUGUGUUUGCCGACGCAGGGGCUAACCUAACACCCCUCUAGCAGCACAGCUAGUCAGAUCAUUUGUCCACUCGCCGGUGUGUGUGAGAGUGUGCAUGAGUGUGUGUGGAGACUUGAGGAGCCGCUCUCUACGACGUCACACACGCGAGAGGGAGACCCACUAAACAGGGGAAGGUGUCCAACCUUACACAUUGGACUGAGGACAGUCAACAAGCCAUGGUCAGUGACAGCCAGACAGACAGACAGACAGAGUGAGUAACUUCUUCCAGAGUUGGAUGUGCUGGGGAGAUGAUGUGCUUUUAAAACCGAAACGCUGAAGUGGCUAACCCUGUAUUGACAGAACCGGAGAACUCUCUGAAGGGACUUUCAGCUCUCAGCAAGGACUUCACUCCAGGAGAGUGUGUGUGUGUGUGUGUGUGUGUGAGGGAGCAUUUAUUGGUGUGUAUCGUCAUGGAUCAGCCAGCCAGCAGCUGCAUGCGGAGCGCCCACCCCGGCAGCCCCAUUUGGGGGUGCGUGAGGAACCCUCACCCCGGAGCGGGGCUCCAGUCACCUUACCAGCAGGCCCCCUUCUCCCUGCACCAGAAGCCUGAGUUCCUGGCCUACACAGACUUCUCCACCUCCUGCCUGGUGCCCGCACCCCAUGCCAGCUUCCCCCGCGACGACAGACUCUACCCAGAGCCCCAUGCGGGCUUCCAGAGGGCCGACUGGCAGUUCCCCCCGUAUGAGAUGCGGGGCCGGGGGCAGGAGGUCUGUCCGGUGGAGCCCGUGGCGGUGGGUGGUGGAGGGGUGGUGGGGGGCGUGGGGGGGAUAGACAGCACAGGUGGGGACAGCCUGCCAGGGGCAGUGGCCGGGUGUCUGGAGGGGGAGUACUCGCCACAGAGCAUGGCAUCGGCCGACACAGAGAAGAAGAGCUCCAAGAGGAAGAGAGACAUAGCAGAUAUUCAGGACUUCAAGGUGGACUCUAACUGCAAAGCGAGGAAAGAGCGUACAGCGUUCACCAAAGAGCAGCUCCGGGAACUGGAGGCGGAGUUCACCCACCAUAACUACCUGACCAGACUGCGUCGCUAUGAGAUCGCUGUCAACCUGGACCUCACAGAGAGACAGGUGAAGGUGUGGUUCCAGAACAGAAGGAUGAAGUGGAAGAGGGUGAAAGGAGGACAGCCUGCUUCCCCUAACGACCUGGAGACAGACGACAUAGACUCUGCUGCCUCACCCAGCUCAGAGUGAGCGGAAGCAGGCUGUCCUGAGAGGAGGCCCCCCAACACCAACAUCCACAGAGAACACCAGCCGUGCUAUAAUAUCCCUGGAGAGUCGGCUGCUGGAACAGAGCAUUUCUAGGGACUUCUUAGUUAGUCUGAGCCCCAGUGUGUUCCCUUCUGUAAAUACUGUAGUACUCGGUCUGUCAAGGUCCAAAGUCUUUUUUACACUUCUCUGUCGAAUGAGGACUAUCUUAGAUCUAACUUGAAAGGGGUUGUAACAUUUUCUGUACCCCCUACAAUCUAAGCAUUGACUGCAAUGGGAGUAUUGGAAUAAAUAAAUGAAGGAUUAAUCUUAGCUAGUGUAGACUACAUGUUGCAGUUUAUCACCCUGCCCAAGUGAGCACUUGUAACUCAGUGAUGACAAGUCUGUGAUUUGAUUUUGUUUGAGAACAUCUCCUCAGUUCUCGCUCCGUAAUCAUGGCCCUCAACGCUUGACUGCAGCCACCUGUGGACACUCAAACCGUUUCAGCGUUGCCAAACCUUAAGUGCCUCAAAAUCAGAUUUUAUUAAAAGUUGUGUUGUUAGGUUUUCCUAGAAUACACUUUUUCUGUCAAACAAGUUUGUCUUAUUUUGUGUACUUCAGCUUUUUUUUCUUUCUUUUUUAACAUUUGAAAGAUAUUGAUAAAACACAGAUGUUGCCUAUUGAAAUUUGUUAAAAUGAAUAAAUCAUUAA